AUGUACAGCAUAGUCUAUUCUCCAUUUCACUGCCGUAAAUCCCAAGCUGUCCGACUGACGCGGGUGGUACCACGCUGGGGUUACUACACACCGGACUUCUGUGCUGAGGGCACUUGGUGCCAUUCUGAGAGACCUUCAACAGGAAGGGCACAGCUCCCCUUCAGAGCCGGCACCCCUCGCUCUAAGGAGCCCGCGGGACCAAACAGCUCUCCAAACCCUGAGAACUUCGCGGCAAUUUCGCCCAAAGCUGAUACAUGGAAGGAACGAGCGCAAUCCUCCGAAUGGGACUUUCCGAAGCCGUCCGUGCGGGGACGGCGUUUGUUCUCCGCCGCGCGGCGCAUCCCUGCCCCGCGCAUCCCUGCCCCGCGCAUCCCUGUCCCGCACAUCCCUACCCCGCACAUCCCUGCUCCGCACACCCCAGCUCCGCGCAUCCCUGCCUCUCGCAUCCCUGCCCCGCGCAUCCCGGCUCCGUCCUUAGCGGCAGGGACGGGGAAAGGGGCUCCCCGUGGCCACAGCCCCCCGGCAGCGCCCCCUCCUCCUUACCGCGCUCCCCGCUCCCGUCCCGCCGCCGGGGCAGCGCCGCCCCUUCCCCCGAGCCGGGCGGCGCCCGCCGCUCCCCCGCCGCCGUUGCCAUGGCGACUGCGCCAAGCCCAUCUGGACCAGAGGCGGCCGACACCCACCCCCCCCACCCCCGCCCCCAGCCUCUUCCAAGGGAUGGAGCAUCAUGGACUGGUUAAGGCUGGAGAAGACCUCUAA